CUUCUUUCCCCUAACCCGCGAUGACCUGUACGAGGAGCCUCAGCUCUCAAGUAUCCGAUGUUUCGACAUGUAGCUAAAUCACCGGCCUGUUGUUUGUCCAUUUGGAGAUCGUCGAAAUAUCUCCCACUGCUCGGCGUUGGGCUCUAGAAGAUCGAGUCUCAUAUCCUGUCGAGCCUGUCAAGACUUCGCUAAUCCUCCUGCGAAGACCUUGUCCUCCGGCGAUGUCCUUCACAAAGCGCAGGUACAAUGGCGACCUCGUUGUCGAGUCUUCAGCCUGACCGGGUUCUUCGCUUCGCUUCACCAGGCCUAGAACCGCAGGUGCAUUCCUGGUCGCUCAGGUCUGAUAGCGCUUGCCUCCAGCUCCAAGGUCUAGACUUUAUGGCCCUGCAUGCAUUCCUAAACACACGCGGUAUCGUACAGCUAAUCCUCACAUAUCGCAGGCCCAUGCUGCAUACACGGUGCAAUGUCGACUUAGCGGAAGCACGGAUUCCAACUGUUUUAGAGGUGGCUGCGGCUGUGUCUCAUGCAUGCGAGCGUCCGCACGCACCUUAGAAAUACGUCUAAUUGGAUCACUUGUUAUGAGGCUGCAGUGGCUGCCUGAAGAGAAGUUCUGCAAACUGAGAUAAAUGGCCUACCGACGGAUAUGCCUGCAGUGCGCCUGCAGAGUGCCAUGUGCGGACAUGAGACAGGCAAAUCUAUUGAUCCACCAUCAAUACCAACCCAUUACUCUUGGUGCACAUAUAUCCGGCCUGUUCUAGUAUGCCUGAGAAGGUGUCCAUCCUAUCCUUCAGUGUUCGAGGAUGGACCACCUCCCCUCCGUAUCCAGCCCUGUGUUUGCGCCACUCCAAAUCCCUUACCUCAGAACAGACGAUUCACCAGUAUUGGGAUAUGACAACCAAGGGUUCUCGGAUUUCCCUUCUAGGGCAGGCUUCGAUAAGGCAAGCCUGUUCGAGGGCAGAUUGGGAACAAACUUACCACAGCAAGGCCAGCCUGUUGCAGAUUGCUCAGCGGACAAUUAAAGACGAUGGACAGCCAGCAUGGGCUAAACUCAGAGAUACACUGCAAGGCUGUGACCGACUCGGCGUCAUAGUAAAACAAGACCUGAACACGAAGACAUUUGCUCUUGGGGUUGUGGUUGACAUCCAUAAGGGGGCAGCCGGAACAGUCGGUGACCGUUUGUCUGCAAGAUUCCUCGCUACCCGUAAAUGUGAUGCUCGAGCAGCAGAAUCGCUGGGCUAUACUGGAACAGUGGAGGCAGCAGGAGACUGCGGACGUAGCUACUGCUUCCUGUCGAGUUGUUGUGGGGACACCAGUCCAGCCUGACCAGCUGUGGUGCGUUGGGUAGAAAAAGGAGUGGUCAGUGGUCGCUGUAUUCAGUCACAGGUAUUGUUGACCAUAUCAUUUCUCUGUAGUGGUUUUUUCAAUUGCAAGGGAAACAGGAC